AUGACGACCCACGUAGUAGCGUCUGACGAAGCCUCCAAACUGCCAGACCUCAGCGAGCCUCACACUUGGCGGCUCUCAAUUGAGCUCAAGUCGCUGACACUCUCUGCACAAGCGGCCAUGGCCUUCGCUAGAUAUCACUUGCCGUCACCACUGGCAAGCCUCUUCAAUCCAAGCUUGUGCGUGUUUACUACUCAUCCAGCGGUUACGUGUCGGAGGAAUACCAACACGCAUUUGCCCAAUGCCUUUCGAGCGUAUACGCUACCAGCCCUCAGUGCUGGCAGUUUGAAGGAAGGCAUGCUGCAGGGGGUGGUCCUGAAUAUCGAGAUAUGUCACAAGGACAAGUUCAGGAGUGACGAGGUCAUCGCCACAACGAGCGUCCAUCUUGAAGAGGUACUCGACGCGCCUCUGAGUGAUGACAGCGGUUGCCGAUGCCUUUCGAUGGAUCUGCCACUGGUCGCCAGUCCCAACAAUCAGUCAGUGACGGGCCCUACCAGGCAGUGCGGCAGGAUACAGGCUGUGAUCUAUCUUGAAGACCUGGGUGGAGAGAAAGCUCCUCGUGUUCAACCCUAUGCUACUGCUAUGGACAAUAUUACUGACCUUUCGAUGAUCGAACCCUUCGAGACUAGUCGGCAUCAGCAGCAGCAUCACUCGACGCUCUCUACUGAUUCGACGGGGAAUCUCCGACCGGAAUAUAUCUGUGCUGUUGAAUUAGAAACUUGGAAGAAAAAUGAGGAAGCUAAGUUCCGAGUGUGGCUCAAGGAUCAGGAGGCGGCUCGCAUGAAAACUCUGAAUGCAUAUACUGCGAAAGAGGCGACCCGGCAACGCGAAUUUGCCGAUAAGAUGAAGUCUUUGGCUACCUUGGAGGCAAAAUUAAAGAAGAAGGCUACCGAGUUGGAGCAGCGGGAGACUGAUGCCGCAAAUCUCGCUUGCAAUCAGGUCCGCAUUCUGGCGGCUGAAGAAGGUGUUGCGAAAGAGAAGGAGGGGGUGGCCACGACACUGCGACGUCGUGAUGAGGAACAUGCAUUUGCACAGAAACGGCUGGUGACGGAUCACGAGCACGCGUUGCGGCUGCAAGCGGAGAAGACGAAGAUUGCGAGUAAGCGGGCGUUCGAGGCAGAAGAGCGUGUCAAGGAGCUCCAGUUGAAGGUUAAAGAGGCAGAAGAGAGUGCCAACAAGGCACAUGCCACCUUGCAGUCAUCUAACAUGGUGCAACUCCAAGCUGAUGUGAAAGUCCUGAAGCAUCAGUUGGAGCAAGCUGCGCAUCGCGAGCUUCUCCUGGCCAAGUCACGUGACCACUUUAGAGCAGCAGUGCGCCAGCUCUGCAAGCAGCUAGACAAACAGAAUAUUGAGGUCGAGGAUGUAUCGGGCUCCGAUUCGGAGUCCGACGGUGAGAGUCCGUCUCCAGCAGACGAAUCAGAGCGGAUACGGCGACUUGAAGCUCAAAAGCGAAGCCUGUUAGAUACCGGCGUUUAUGAAGCAAAGGAUGCUACCAUUCAAGCGCUGAAUGAUCAAAUUGCACGAGCCAGAGACUGGCGCACUUAG